UCUGGUCCAAUGGAGAACAGACCCACAUAUCCACAAAUUUCCCUUUUAUUUAUAUAGAUUAAUGGGAUAAAAAUGAAUACGUUCCAUUAUAAAUAGGGGAUGAUUAAUACCACCCGUUAGAUAUACAUUACUCAUCUUCACACACAUAUAGCACUCUUAUAAGCAGACACACACAUCCAAACACAUGAACAAACGCCUCCACCAUUAAUUUAAAAAUGCUCUCCCUACACUCUUAUAAAUAAUGACGCAACUAUUUUUAACGGACUGCUUUCGACUUCCGGUUUCAUCAUGAACAGUGCCCAAUCGGACCUCUUCGACCCCUCCAUUUAAUAUCAGCCUAAUGCAUGAGGUUUCAGAGAGUUUUUUUGGUUAGAAAACCCCAAUUCUUGCGAGCCUUUCUUCCUGCAUUACAGUGUUUUUUUUUACUUCGGCCUGUCUCAUGUAACUGAAUCUUAGGCCUGUGUUUGCCUGCCUCACUAUCCACAUGCUCAAUGGCGGAAAUAUCCAUGGGAAAUAAAUCUAAGGCAUCUUCUCCAUUGACCUCCGCAAUAAAGGAAAGACAUGAGACCACUCCUGGAGGGACUCGUGGGAUGUUACAAGCUCUACUUGAAAAGGUCAGAAGGACAAUCAAGCCGAAAUCAUACUGAAGAAGCAGAUGAAGAGGAAUUCGCCGACGUGAGGAACAUGAUCAAGUGCUGGAGGAUGAGAGAACAUGGGCAAUUUGAGCAGAAGCAACCAAAGGCCAGGUCUGCGCUUCCCAAACCCCUGCAGACUAGAGGUUUCUCACUAGGUAACGAAUUGCAGUCGCAGACCAAGGGCAUCUGGAUCUGGCCAGUCCGUCACCCCCGCGACGAGAGGAAAUGUCUGCUGCUGCUGGACACAGAGGGGCUAGGCGAUGUGGAGAAGGCCAAUGAGGAGCAUGACAUCUGGUUGUUCGUCAUGGCCGUGCUGCUCUCCAACAUCCUGGUCUACAACACUGUGGGAACUUUGGACCACUCCGGCCUGGAGCAGCUCCUGUAUGUAAAGGAUAUGGCGCAGUACGUCCAAGCAAGGGUAGGAUCUUGUGAAGACAACCCAGAUAAUCUGGACAAGUACUUCCCAACCCUCAUCAUCUGCGUGCGCGACCUCACCCUGACGCUGAAGUUGAAUGGAUUGCCUUGCACUGCCGACGACUACAUGGAGCAUUGCUUUCAAAUACGCAAGCCAGAGACACAACGUGGUAGAGAAGAAGCAAACAAGUCAUUCAACAAGGAGCGCCACUUAAUGUGCCACUAUUUUAAGAAGCGCAAGUGCUUCAUGUUUCCCAUGCCGGUAAACCCAGAAGACUUAAGCAAGCUGGAGAACAUUCCAGAUAGAGAUCUGAAGCCUGACUUCCUCAAGGUUGCCAAUGAAUUCACCUCCCACAUCCACCAGGAGGUGAAGUACAAGAACAUUGAUGGAGUCAUCCUCACGGGACAGCUGUUCCUGCAGGUUGCAGAGCUGUACGUUGCGGCUCAGCGUUCUGGUGACAUGGUCUGCAUCGAGAACACACGGGUACAAGUGGUGCAGCUCGCCAACCUGCAGGCAGUGGAGGAUGCCAAGGGACUCUACCAGCGGAAGAUGGAGUGCAUCGAAGUCCACUUUCCUCUGAAAAUAUCGCAGCUCCACCAGCACCACGAGAAGUGCAUGGAUCAAGCUCUGGAUCUCUUCUAUUGUCAUGCUGUGCUCGAUCGGGAGCAUAAGCACGAGAAGGAGUUGGUGGAGCACAUGAAGACGACAUUUCUGAAGCUGGGGACACAGAACAAGCAGCGAUCACAGGAAACGUGCAGAAUACGACUUAAAAAACUGUAUUGCCUCGUGGAUGAGACGUACCAGGGCUUCAUGCAGCCCGGAGGCUUCAGGAAAUAUCAGGCUAUGAUGAAGAAGAUUGAAGAGGAUUACUAUAAGACCACAGGGCUCGGAGACGAGAUGGAGACGAUGUACAAGGAAUUUCUGGAGCAGAAGAAGGAGAGUGGUAAUGCGAUCCUAAUAGUAGACAAGACGUUGACCAGCUUUCAACAGCAGGACUUGGAGAACAAGCAGAAGGAAAAGAUCAUGGCACUGCAGAUAAAGAACAUGAAAGCAGAACAAGCCAACCAGGAGAAGGAAAUUUCAUUACUUCAAAAUCAGUACAAGAAAUUGCAGAAUACAUUCAGCAAGCAUACGCAAGUGAUCAAGACGCACACGGAUGAGAACAUCCAAGAAAUACAGCAGAACCACGAGAAGACGAUGAAGAAUGAAUCAAAGAAAAAAUGCAUCAUCAGCUAAGCAUGGUUGUUGGAUAGUUGUACUCAAGAUGCGAGUAUUGCUGCAGAUCAAUUGUGCAAUAUAUCAACACUAUCAUCCAUUAUUAGCCAAUAAUCAUUAUCAGCCAUGAUCAAUCCUUGCUGGAUCAUAUUUCUCCCAAUGGCAAGGGAUAUUAGAGUUGGUUCUGGGCCUCUAUUGCACCAACUCGCACUGUCCAGUGUGGUGAAGUAUAGUAAAAUAACCGACAUGACUAAGCCAUGAGGAGAACUUCAUACAGCAGUGAAAUGAAGGCUGAAAAUAAAUUCAAAUUAGUUUGAUAACGUUGAUGUUUUGUAUAAAACGAAUUAUUACUGGGCAAGACUAAUUCGAGAAUCUAUUGAAAUUGAAAGAUUUUUUUUUUUUUUUACAAUUCUGACAGCUACAUGCUUAGUGCUGAUUGAAAGCAGAUUGUUAAGUAACACUGUUUAAUGCAUGAAUAUUCAGGUGAAUAUAUAUUGAUGAACUGUGACCCAACCAGUACCAUAUGUCAUGUUUUCAAAUUAACAUAUUUAAUUAUAAAAUACAUGAUUUCAUUAAACCCCCUCUGAUCUGCUCCCACAAUUAAGGGGAGGGGGGCGUUUCAAUGUCAAAUUGUAAGAUGCACCACUUCCGGUUUAGUUUGAAGGCGUCAUGGUGCCCACACAGUGGGAUUUUCUCCUGGCCUUGCACCCACCUAUGGACGACCCUGCCCAUAGGACCUCGAUGUGUAUGGCUCCACAUCCUGCCACAACAAUCCCUUCUGUAUCUCUCUCACAUGAAAGUGGUUCGCACUCAAUAUAUAUCUUGAACGAAUUGACGUGGUGAAUAUGGACAUUUCCGCUCACCUGCACAUUAUAGUCAGCCUCCCAAAUGUGUUAAUGAAUUAAAUAAAUACCUUUCCACAUAUGUACAACUUUAUCCAUAUCGUUGACAUAAAAUGACAACGACUUUGCAGCUCAGAACCAAGUUCAGUGUCACUCAAAAGCCAAGGCAAAAGAAAUAUGAGACCUUUAAGAAAGAUGUUGAUCUAUAAAUAAGUGGUGAGACCGUUGACAGAUAUGUGGGCGUUCAAAAAAGAGGUGGGUCUUUAAAAAACGAGUGAAGCCUUCAAGAAAUAUGUGGCUAUGUGGAUAAUUAGGAUACAGGAUUUAGAGAGAUGGUGACAGUUUGGGAUGCCUACAUCCAGCAGUACAUUGAUAUCGGCUGAAUAUGACUACAUACUUCUAUUACAUUUAAUUGCAGCAUAUAUUCCAAAAAAUGUUGUUAAAUGUCUUAUAGCUUAUACUAUGCAACAAUCUGUAGCAUUUAAUAUGCAUCAUAUACUAAGUGAACAUUUUAUUGCAAUUUAUACACAUUAAGUACUAUCUAAAUCCAGCCAUUUUACGCUACUUAAUUAGGUCUGACGUAGGUAGGCAUCUUCAGCGCAUAUAUCUAGAAAGUCAGAGUAAAUAUCCAGGAAGACAAAAUGACUGUACUCUUUGGUUCUUUCAGUAAAAUCACGUAGGUAUAAAAUAAAAUAAAUUAAAUCACGACGUUUCGGGUGCAACACAAGCGUCCGUCAUCAGGUGGGACAACCACAGCAAGAAACAAUGGCUGAAGUGGGCGAUUGUUAUUCUAAUUAGUUUUUUUGGCUGUGGAGGUUUUUCUAACGACACAGAUUGGGUCAGAUCAUUACGUGGCAUAACCCAAAAUAAUGAAUUAAUGCAUAAUUGGCCACACACGUGUUAAGCUGGGCACUCACAUUUAAUGCAGGCAAUGCCUCCAUUGCAGGUGUUCCUCAAAGUUAUGUUGUGUUUAAACUCACUUAGAGCUGAUAAUAUGCUUGUUCUAUUAAAAUCAAAUGAAUUCAAAAAAUAUAUGAAUGUAAUUAGGAAUUCUUAUUUGUACUCAAUGCAUAUCUCUAUUAUGUGAUUGUUUUAAGGCGUUCGUUUGUUGAGUGAUUAAAAAAAUAGCCUUUUCUAUUGUUUGGUUGUUACCUAAUCUACUACAUUUUUGGGAUAAUUAUUUAGGUGAAUAUGUGUGUAAUUGCAGGAUAAAGGUUUAUGGGCCGAUAAUUAAUAUCUGAUUUGUCACCUUUAUUGCAUAAUAAAGUCAUUUUAGA